AUGCGGCGAGCAAAGAGCCCGAGUGCGCAUGAACCUCCGCCAAAAGCCACGGCAGAGAGCGACGCUUCAGACAGCGCCAAGUCGCAGCCAACAAAAGGCGCUGCAGAUGAACCGCUUUCAAGCAGGUCUGACCAACAGCCCGAGGCAGCGGCAACAACGCCGACUGGUUCCACCUCGAAACAUGACGUGCCCAGCAUUCGCUCCGGAGCCUCGCGCGCAGGAGCCGGAGCAGCCAACAGCCCUGAUGACAACGGCGUAGCCGCUGCCAACAACGAGAAACCAGGUUCAACGCGUCAAAACAGCGCCAGCGGAAGCGCCGAAUGGUCACCGGAUCGGAGGUCAACGCCAGCGUCGACGACGUCGAACGACGGGACCGCCAAGCGCUUUGCGGUGAAAGGUAAACCGUUGCAAGCAAGCGACAGCAAGCCUCAACUCGCUAACUUGGCGGCUCCUCAGGGGCGUUCAGCUCGUUGGUUAAUGGACCUCUCAGCUCUGAUUCUGGCGGGAUGCACAAGCACCGGCCCAAUGCAAGCAUUCAGGCUCGUGUCCAUAUCGUAUGCGACCGAGGCGCCGUCGCCCAAGGAAGCCAUGUUGAACGCGACGCUGGGAAGCUCGAUGCUCGAUCUGUCGAUGAACGAGACGGAAGGGACUCCACUGGUACGCGAAGUGCAGGUGGGAUACUUUUCCAUCUGCGUAAGGCUCGAAUCAGAGGACUGGCAGUGCGGCAUCAACGGCGCGGCGGUGCCGGGUCGACCAAACAUCAGCGACGCGCUCGGUGUGGUUGAUAUGGGUCACCUCUUCCGAACCAAGACCGUGUCUCCGGCCAUCAUCGUGAUUCUACUCUGCGCUGCCACCAUGAUUGCGCUGUCCACCUUUCCCGGCUGGCAUGAGGAAGAGGACACGGAGGGCAGUCUUCGCGAGAUCAAACCUUUCCCAUCGAGAGCGGUGAGCACCCUCGCUCUGCUGAGCAGUUUGCUGGCUACGGCGGUCGCCUACGUCGCCGCAUUGUGGCAGCACACGUCAUGCGCGGCAACGGGGACGCUGUUCGAGUCGCUGCGGUACGGCGCCGUCGAGGUGCACAUUGGGGCGGGGGCCGCGGCGCUGGGCUGGAUAAGCGUCUUCGUGUGUGCGGUUUGCGGAGUUGGCAUGAUUGUGAUGAUUCUGUCCAUAAGGAUAGUGGUUGGGUCCGUGGUCGGUGGUUGGGGUUGUGAAGUAGUUUGGUGUGGCACACAUCGCCCAACUCCGAAACCCAUCAUGGGCAACACAUACUCUCAGUUCUUCCCGCCCGAGCCGAGGCUCACAGAGGCCAAUCUGCCGAGCCAAGAGGGCAGGGUCUUUGUUGUCACGGGCGGCUACUCUGGAGUCGGCCAGGCGCUGGGUCUCAUGCUCUACCGCGCCGGCGGCACCGUCUACAUCGCGGGGCGCGACGAAAGCAAAGCCGUCGCGGCAAUCGCGCAAAUGACAGCCGACGCGCCGGACUCGUUGGGGAAGCUCGCGUUCCUCAAAGUCGCGCUCGACGACCUCGCCAGCGUCAAGGUCGCGGCGCAGCAGUUUGUGGACACGGAGACGAGACUGGACGUGCUGUUCAACAACGCUGGUGUGUCAAACCCGCCCGCAGGGUCCAUCUCGGCGCAGGGAUUUGAGCUACAGAUGGCGACCAAUUGUCUCGGACCGUACCUCUUCACACAGCUGCUCCUCCCGCUGCUAGUCGAGACUGCCGCGACCGCGCCGCCCGCGUCAGUACGCGUCGUCUUCACCUCGUCCAUUACGACAGACCACCUCGCACCCCGCGGCGGCGCAAGCUCGCUUGCGGACAUGACGGUCCCCUCGUCAGUCCAGCAGAACAACUACACCCACUCCAAGACGGGCAACUGGUUCCUGGCGAGCGAGCUGGCGCGGCAGGUCGGACCCCGGGGCGUUCUGUGCAUGGCGCAGAACCCGGGGAACCUGCGGACGUCGCUGCUACGGCACUUUCACUGGUUCGUGGGCUACGCGGUUGCGCCGCUGCUGUACGAGCCGCGGUUUGGGGCCUACACGGAGUUGUGGGCGGGGUUGUCGCCGGACCUGGUCAGCGAGGACGGAGGCAAACAUGUUGAACCGUGGGGACGAAUGCACCCGAAUCCCCGGUCCGACCUAGUGCUUGCAAUGAAGAGUAAGGAAGAGGGUGGGACGGAACUGGCGGCCGAGUUUGCGGAUUGGUGUGAGCGAAUGACGGCCGACUUUCGGUGA